AUGACGGAGCUACAGAUAACAUCCACUCUACCUCUCAAGUCCAGCCAUGGAAUCCCAGUCUUAGGAUUCGGCACGGCGAGCAGCGCAGCUUGCACCCAAUCCGCUCUCGCCGCCAUACGGAACGGGUACACACAUAUUGACACGGCGCAGAUCUACGCGAAUGAAGCGGAAACAGGGGCUGCAAUCGCGCAAAGUGGUGUCGACCCUUCCAAACUGUUCGUCUGCUCCAAGCUGUGGGAGGACAACUACACCCGGCCUGGAGCACUGGCGGGCGUCAAGAGUAGCCUACAGAAGCUUGGCUUGAAGACGAUCGACCUGUAUCUGUUGCACACUCCGCGGCCGGGACCGCAGGCACGGAAAGAUGCAUGGCUCGGGCUACAAGACGCAGUGGAACUGGGGUUGGUCAAGAGCAUAGGAGUGUCGAAUUGGGCCCCGAAACAUAUUGAACAGCUGCUGGGCGAAGGAGGAGUGUACAUCGAACCGGUGUGCAAUCAGAUUGAGCUCCACCCUUGGAAUCAGCAGAAGAUGCUUCAGGCCUAUUGCAAAGAGAGGCACAUCGUGGUUGUGGCCUACUCCCCUUUGACGCAGGGUCGGCGGCUCAAUGAUGAGACCAUCGUCGGCCUGGCCAAGAAAUAUGGCAGAACCCCAGCACAAGUUGUCCUUCGAUGGGGUGUGCAGAAAGGGUUUGUUGUGGUCCCAAAGACGGACAAGGAAGAGAGGACCAUCGAGAACAAGCAGAUAUUUGGCUGGACAUUGUCGAAAGAAGACUGCGACGUCAUUGACGGGCUCGACGAAGGUCAACAGGCAAAGGUGGGAGAAUGGGAUCCAUAUGCUUGGGAAUAG